AUGCAAACGAGACUAGGGACGGAAGGUAAGACCUUAGCCUUGGAUAUUGCGGUUCCCAAGGCCGAUGAGGGUGUUGCUGUUGACACUGGGAAAGGGCAUGGAUCAGUUCCUAGGACUAGCAAAAUUAAGGGGUUCGUCAAAGGCCUUCCCGAGCUGGAUUCUCUUGAAGAGUUUCGGGCAUACCAUUACUAG